AUCUACAGAGAGGUAAAGGGCAGAAAAUACAGAGAGAAGAAAACGGAAGAGAGAGAGACGACGAUAUCUAUCAAAACCCUAAUCAUUUCUAUCAAAUCGAUUUUCAUCUCUCGUUCAGAUUCCAAGGAAGCCAAUCCUCGUUCCUCCUUCUCCAUCAGGUCAGUACGCGAUCCAUCAUCUCUUCUCAACUCGAAUAUAUUUUUUCCUCAUUUUAUUGCGAUUUUUCUGUGAAAAUUGCGGAAUCAGCGUCCGGAAUGGAAUAAGCAUUUCUCUUUUAGGUGUCACUGUGUGGGCCCCACCCCACCGCAUCUUGUGGAAUAAGCAUUUUCCUAUUAUCUCUGGUAGUCAAAAUCUCUCUUCUCCUACCCUGAACAGAGAGAGGGGUAAUUUUUCUAGGAAAACAAGGGCAAUUUCGUCACUACUUGCUUAUAUAUAUUCCUUUUACUUUCUCUCUCCCAAAACCCUAAUUCUAAUCUUUCCAUGGCGGCUACUGAAGACGAGAAAACCCUAAUCGAAAUGCUCGACGAUCCUUCUGAGAUUGACCCCAACAAAUACAUGAAUUACGUCCGUGCCCCUCAAUCCGGCGCGAUUUCAACCUUUGCUGGCACGACACGCGACUCCUUCGAAGGGAAAGUUGUCGUCGAGCUCCAUUACGAGGCCUAUGUUCCGAUGGCGAUCCGACGGCUAAGGUCCAUCUGCUCCUCCGCCCAAUCUUCAUGGAAAAUCGACUCGAUUGCUGUGGCCCACCGGCUUGGAUCCGUCCCAGUCGGUGAGACGAGUGUGUUCGUGGCGGUUUCGGCAGUGCACCGGUCUGACGCGAUGGAGGCGUGCCGGUACGUGAUAGACGAGAUAAAGGCGUCAGUGCCGAUAUGGAAGAAGGAGGUGUAUGCGAAUGGAGAAGUGUGGAAGGAGAAUGCAGAGUUUCUAGAGCGGAGGCUGGGUUUGGAGAUGGGUGCGCACGAUAAGGGUGGUUGUUGUGGUGCGAAGGUCAAGGUUGGGAGUAUUAAUGAGGAGGCGCACGAUAAGAGGGGUUGUUGCGGUGCGAAGGUUAAGGUCGGGAGUGUUAAUGAGGCGGCUCACGAUAAGGGUGGUUGUUGCGGUGCGAAGGUUAAGGUUGGGAGUGUUAACGAGGAGGCACACGUUAGAAACAACCGCGAGGGUUUGUAGAAACGGUGGGCCAUCUGUAGUAUGAGGCCUCCACAUGUAUCAGGCAACUGACAAUCACUGUCCAUUGUCUCAUGUAUUAUGACUUCUUAAGUAAGAGUAUUUCAACGGAAAUGAAUCAGAAUGAUCUUUU